UCAUUGCACUUAAUUACGAGUUUAACUGGUGCGACAGCGAGAGUACAGGAAAUUACGCAGCGUUGUUUAAAAAAGUAUUGCUUUAAAAGUUGCAAGGGAACUCUCAACGCAAGGCAAAACAUCUGUUUGCUGACAUAAGUUCAGUCACACAAAUCAAUUAAAUUGAAAUUUUAUACACAAGCAUAUUUACAUGGUGUAUAUAACAGUUGGUUUUGUAUAAUUACCGUGCACAGUGUGCAAACCACUUUUAUUAUACAUGAAGAUGCUACUUUGUGCGUUGCCAUUUUUUGCAUGCGGUAGAAUAAUACGUGGCUUUGGACGUGGUUCGAAAGAGUUGGGCAUACCCACAGCAAAUUAUCCCCUCGAAGUUGUAAAAUCUUUGCCUACAAGUUGUCAGAACGGCAUUUAUUAUGGUUGGGCUAACGUAGAUAACGGAGAGGUUUAUAAAAUGGUAAUGAGUAUAGGUUGGAAUCCGUACUAUGACAACAAGGAAAGGAGUAUGGAAACACAUAUAUUACAUGAUUUCAAUUGUGAUUUAUAUGACCGCAUGCUUAAAGUAUGUAUAGUUGGUUACUUAAGGCCGGAGUCCAAUUUUAAAUCGAUUGAAGACUUAAUAGCAGCCAUACAAAAUGAUAUAAAAGAAGCUAAUGAGUUAUUGGAGUGCAGUGAAGAAAAUAUGAGUUUAAAAGAUUCAAGUUAUUUCAAAGCCAAUGCAACCAACGGUGAUGAUAAAAAACAUCUUUCAAAUGGUCAUACAGAGUCUAAUGGUUCCUAAUGUUUAUGUUCAGAACACCUAGCUCCUUUACAGCUAUUUUAUUUAUUUUACGUGAUUUGAUUUUUUUUAUUUGCUUAAUUUUACUACAAUAAUUUUACAGUAAGUAUAGUUAUUUUUUUUUUUUUUCGUAGUACAAUUUUGCAAACUUAAGUGUUUAUUUUACGAAGAUAUAUCUAGAAAAGUAUUUUGAUCUUGCAAUACAUAUCUGAUAUGUACUUAAUUUUCGAUAUAAUCAUUUUUU